GUCUGCUCUUCAGUUCGCUUUCUGUGGUCUUCAUUGGACCAGCAACAUGAAGACAACGUUUUUCCUUGUGGCAGCCGUGUUUGGCUUGGCUUUGGCCACCCCUCUGGUAGACGAGCCCCUCGUCGAAGCACUGAAGGGAAAGACCAUUCCUGUCUUUGAGACGAAAAUCCCGCACGUUGGAGAUGCAUCACUGUUGCACACACUGGAAUCCAGCGACCCUGGUUUGGUACAUGCCGUGAAGGGCUGCUCACCAAACUGCUAUCGCAGCAUCAUUGAUGGACCACUGAGGCUUGUCAUCAAGACCAGUCUCAACCACAACAAGGCCGAAAUUGUGUGGGUCAAGGAAGGACUCAAGAGCAUCAAAGCCUUCCCUCACAUUAAGUCCCUACUCGAGCUCUCAGCUAAGCCAAUCUUGAUGGUCUACUCAAAGCACAACUUCCCUGCCGAGUCUUACCCAGGAUUGCUUGAAGCCAAAUCUCCAGAGCUGUCCAAGGAAUGGUUGGAGAAGUUCGAUGAUGCUCCAAUUGUGACACUCAUUGAGGAGAAGGAGUUCAUUGACACAAAGGUGUCACAGAGCUCUCGUCAUGUUGCUGAUUUCAAGCUGAUUGAGGACAACAUUGUCAAGGUGAAGGACCACUCUGCCGUUCCACCAACCAUUUUGAGGUAUGCAUCACCAGCCUGGAGCUACGCCCCCGCCGCUAUCCCCUUCACUGAGGCGGCUGCCGAGGUUCUGGCCGCCAGUCCCGCUGGAAGCCUGUCCCAUGCUGCUCUUGUUGCCGCAGCCCCUCCUGCUGGACCAUAUGCACCAGCUCCACUAGCCUACAGCCCAGCACCUGCUUAUGCUCCAGCUCCAGCUUAUGCUCCAUCCCCAGUUUAUGCUGCUGCUCCAGCUUAUGCCCCAGCUCCAGUUUAUGCUCCAGCUCCAGUUUAUGCUUCAGCUCCAGUUUAUGCUCCAGCUCCAGUUUAUGCUGCUGCUCCAGCUCCAGUUUAUGCUGCUGCUCCAGCUCCAGUUUAUGCUGCUGCUCCAGCUCCAGCUUACGCCCCAGCCCCAGCCUAUGCUCCAUCCCCAGCCUAUGCUUCAGCUCCAGUCCAUUACGCACCAGCUCCAGCUCAUAUUCCAGCUGCAGGUUAUGCUCCAGCUCCAGCCUUUGCUCCGGUUCCAGUCCAUUACGCACCAGCUCCAGCCUAUGCUCCAGCUCCAGCUUUUGCCCCAGCUCCAGCUUAUGCCCCAGCUCCAGCAUAUGCUCCAGCUCCAGCUUAUGCCCCAGCUCCAGCCUAUGCUCCAGCUCCAGCAUAUGCCCCAGCUCCUGCUUAUGCUCCAGCUCCAGCAUAUGCUCCAGCUCCAGCAUAUGCCCCAGCUCCAGCCUAUGCUCCAGCUCCAGCUUAUGCCCCAGCUCCAGCUUAUGCCCCAGCUCCAGCCUAUGCUCCAGCUCCAGCUUAUGCCCCAGCUCCAGCCUAUGCUCCAGCUCCAGCUUAUGCCCCAGCUCCAGCCUAUGCUCCAGCUCCAGCCUAUGCUCCAGCUCCAGUCCAUUACGCACCUGCUCCAGCUCAUGUCCAUGCUGCAGCUUAUGCUCCAGCCCCCGCUUUUGCCCCAGCUCCAGGAUACGUUCCAGUGAUUGCUGCAGCCAGCAGCCCAUCACUGAUCAAAUUGGAUCCUUCAUCCCCAGUUUUCGAGACAGUUCGAGCCAGUGCUGUAUCAUCACCAGCUUUUGCCCCCGCCCCAGUCCCUGCUCCAGUCCAUGCAUAAGUUCACCAUGAAAUAAAUGAAAUGAUUAAUUGAGUUCAAUAAAUAUUCGCCAAUCAA